CGAAGGCAUUUCAUCCGUCGCGCAGCUUUCCGUGCUGCGGCAUCCCCAUCCACCUCCGUGGUCUCCAAGUCCUCCUCUCCCUCUUUCCUCGCCCAAUCAAAAGUCCAGAGCGCGAUCUCCCCAUCAGUGUUCAGAAGAUUUGCCAGCGAUAAUGCCAACAGCGAAUCACGACCCGUCGCAGCUGCCGAUGCCGAAGAGCACGGUACUAUCCGAUCAGCCAUCGAUUCCGCCGCCGAGUCCACUUCGACUUAUACCAAGGAUGCAGAGGAGAGCUUAGCACAGAGUACCGAGCCAGCGCAAGAGACUUAUGGCGGUGAUCGAGGUGCUGAGCCUACUAGCGGUCUUGCUAGCGGCUUCCCCAGAGCACCACGCCAAAAUAGAUAUAAUGAUGAUCGCAGGGACAACUACACCACGCGCUCAAACAACCCACGCUCAAACAACCCGCGCGUCUUGACACCUACCUCUGGUAUCUACGUUGGAAACUUGCUCUUCGAUGUCACUGCCAAGGAUCUCGAGAGGGAAUUUGAGCAAUUUGGGCCCAUCAAGUCGACAAUCAUCGCUACCGAUGCCAGGGGAUUGAGCAAAGGAUUUGGGUAUGUCGAAUUCGAGACCAUCGAGGCGGCCAAUGCUGCCAUUGUGGCAAAGAACCAAACCGUCCUAGAAGGCCGUCGCCUGAUUGUAAACUACAUGGCCAGGACCGUCCGCGAAGUCCGAGAGAACCCACCUUCAAAGACUCUGUUCAUUGGCAACCUUGCCUUCGAGAUGUCCGACGCUGAUCUCAACAAGCUCUUCCGUGAUAUUCGAAAUGUCAUCGAUGUCCGGGUUGCGAUUGACAGACGUACUGGCCAACCAAGAGGUUUCGCCCACGCUGACUUUGUUGAUGUGGAGAGCGCCACCAAGGGCCGAGAAGCUCUUAUGGGGAGAGAGAUUUAUGGUCGCAAGUUGAGGGUUGAUUUCAGCACUGGCGGCACCAAGGACAGGGUCCGUACUGGCCCCCGCAACGGAGGCCAGAACGGA